AUGUUGGACGUCAAACCGCCACACAGCGACUUGAGCUUCAACUCUGUAGACCAGGGUACCAUAAAAAUCGAGAGUUCGGGAGCUUAUAUUGCCAAUGAUCAUCUUCUUCGAGAAUACAAUCGUUCAUCUCGAACACCAACUCCGCCAAGCUCAGGACAACCUUCGUCAGAUUCCGAGUCCGAUACCGACUCUUCGGGUGAAGGAGCACCAAUGACUCCCAAUCAUGAAAGUCUGACUGUCAGUUUGGACGGAAAAAAUUUGGCAGUUGACACUCCUACCAAGCGCCAAAGAGCUGCUACUCCAGACGCCCACGAAGUCGCUAAGAACAUCACGCUUCCCAAACACAACUCGGAGGUGAUCCAUAUAUCCGUUGAUAUCGGCGGAACCCUUACAAAAUUGGUAUAUUUCACCAAAAGCAAGGACACAGAACAAGGCCGAAACGGUGGAAAACUUCACUUCAAAGAUUUCCCCACCGAGAGUUUUUCGACAGAAGUGCUCAAAUUCAUGAUCCACUUGAUCAAAAAGUCCACCAAUACCAAGUCCCAGCCGCCCAUCACAUACAUUCUUGCAACUGGUGGAGGCGCCCACAAGUUUUACCAGCUCAUGACAGAUACGUUUCGGAAACGGAAAUUGCCGAUGAAAAUCGUAGCGGAGGACGAGAUGGAGUGCUUGAUUCGCGGGUUGGACUGGCUCAUCACCAAGAUCCCCAAUGAGAUUUUUGUGUACGAUCUCAAGGAGAACAGCACUCUGUUCAUUCCCAACCGACAAGACGAAAAUAUCUAUCCGUAUCUUUUGGUAAACAUCGGAAGCGGAGUGUCGAUGAUCAAGGUUACCGGACCUGGUCGCGACGGAUUUGAGAGAAUUGGAGGCUCUUCCUUAGGUGGAGGUACUCUUUGGGGACUUCUCUCGCUUCUCACCGAUGCCAAAGACUACAAUGAAAUGUUGGAAAUGGCCCAACGAGGCAACAACGAAAACAUAGACUUGCUCGUGGGUGACAUAUAUGGAAGCAGCUACAACAAAAUCGGACUUAAAUCAAAUCAUAUUGCAUCUUCGUUUGCCAAAGUGUUCAAGAAACUCAGUUUUCUGUCGGAGAAAAAACUCACUCCCGCAGAAAAACUUCUGCAGUUCCGGUCCGAGGACAUCUCGCGCCUGCUCUUGUACCUGGUGUCCAAUAACAUCGGUCAAAUUGCAUAUUUACAAGCAUUACGAUUCAAUCUCAAAAGAAUAUAUUUCGGAGGAAGCUACAUCUCGGGCCAUAUGCAGACCAUCCACACAUUGAGCUAUGCCGUGAACUUUUGGUCAAAGGGCGACAUGAAGUCGUACUUCUUGCGCCACGAGGGCUACUUGGGAAGCGUGGGUGCGUUCACAAUGGGUCCUAAUAGUGAGGUGAUAAAUGGCUAG